GCUCAGCCAUGUUGUGGUUUUGAAUGAGGAAGAAGCGGGAGAGGUUAUCGUUUAGUGAGUUUAUACACCGUAUUUUUGUAUUUGAAGUAUUACAUUGGGUUAUUUUUGGCCCCUUGGUUAUUUAAGAAACAUCAAUUGCAUUGUAGAAUGUGGUACUAGUGAUUAAACUCAGUCAAGUGCGGAUUAAAAUCCUAGUAGCUAAAGCCACAUACAACCAGUUUGUUAGCUAGCUAGUUUAGCUUGUUAGCUGUGCGAGUUAAAUAACGAACUAAUUUCAAGGGGAGGAAGGUAACCUGAUUAGUAGUGUUGGUCAGUUAACUAACUAGCUACGAUUUACUUGCCCCGGCCGAAUGACGUUGGGUGGCUUUAUGUGCUUUUGGCUGCGCUGGCAGGCAGGUUGGAAGCAACCAUAGCGAUACCUUUUUUCGCGGGCGGGAGGUUUUAAACUUCUCUAGCUAAACAUGUUCAAUACAUUUUACGAAUGGAUUGGAACGGGCUUCGCUAAUCUCCGCUACGGAGUGCCAGCUCCCGACCAACAGGAUAACGUUGAUACACACGGAAUACAACAACGGCGUCCGAUCAGGAGAAAAAGACCCAUCGACUGUUUGGAGGACGGAGAGGCCGUUGACCAUGAUGACCAAGCCAUAGCAGUGAAGAAAUUCCGGAUGGGGGAUCUUGUUGAUACAGUAAAGACUGCGGCUGAAGGGGUGAAGAGCCAUAGCGCCAAUGUGGCUUCGUGGGUACGGAACAGUAUGACCCCUACCUUGAGGAACAUACUGCCUGCUUCCCCUGGCCCUCUAGAUGAACACCCAGGGGAAGAGCCUCCAGAAGAGCCCCAACUGGAGCCCUCAACCUUUGCACCCCCUCCCUCAACUGUCUGGGAAGAAACUGAGGUCCUCGAGGUGAGGAACUCUACUCCUCUGGAUGGGACGGUUGUUGCUCCCUCAACAACUCUGGAAUGGAAAAGCUCUAAAUCAGAGUCCUUUAGAAUUGAGAAGUCGAUGAAGGAAUCGACGGUCUGCAGACGGCAAGUUUGCAUGGCUCUUAAACAUCGUGAAACGCCCAAAACAAAUGGGCACUCUGUCAGUCAGCCUCCUUCCUCCAGCAGCACCUCUAAGCCAUGUCCCUCUCCCCACCCGGGAAGGACCCACUUCAGAACACCUACAUCAAAUAGACGGUUUACCUCAGCAGGGUUGGGUACAGGAAGCGGCUCCAUCACCAGCAUGUAUGAGAAGACCUUCCCUAUCCGCGUGGUGCAGAGUCCUUCACAUGGCAGCUCCUCCUACCGCCUCCUCAAAGCCAGGGCUCGCUGCACUGCACAAGAGUCUGUCUGUGAGGAGGAGAAGGAGGUGUACAGACAGCUACUGGCCAUGGUCUCAGGUGGACAGUCCUCCUUGUGUCACAGCGGCAGCUCCCAGGGCUUUCCGCGCUCACACAGAGACUUCACCAGCUUCCUGAAUACCAGCAGACGUCUGCUCCAGUGUUCGUCCCCUGCCGGGUCAGGAGAUGCCUCACGGGUACCAAGUGGACCACCAAGCCCCCGUCCAGAGUCCAGCAACGUCCCCAGCCCAGGGGAGGGCUCCUCCAGUGGGGCAGGGAACCAGCCAUGGGCCUCUGACUCAGACCUCAGCCCCAGGGGACCAGAGCCAGUACAGUCUGCCCCUUCCUCAGUUAGCAUACUGGACACCUCUUCUCAGGACUCACAAUCAUCAGCUCAUGACGGGGACUCCGUAAUCAUUGUGAAAGAGCAGAAGGGCAAAAAGCCAGACAGUUCAAGUGUACCAUGCUACCAAGCUGAGCUCUGGAUCAAAGAAUUGACUAGCAUGUACGACUUCCGUGCCCGGGAGAGACGGAGGCAGAUAGAGGGGCAGGAGGCCCUAGCUGCUCAGCUGCUGCGACAGCGUAUAUCAGAAGACAGCCAGCUGGGCCACAGGCCCGUGGAGCUGCAUGUUAGAGUCCCUCUGGAGAAGGAGGUUCCUCUGGCUGCCUUCAUAGAGGAACCCAAACCCACAGAGGAGGAACCAGAGUUCCCCGAGCUCACUGAGGAUAUGGAGGGGGAGGUGGGCCAGGCGCUGAUGGUAGGCAGCCAGGACGAGGUGCUGAGUGAAGGCUUCAGACUCACCAUCACACGCAAAGAUCUCCAGACACUCAGCCACCUCAACUGGCUCAACGAUGAGGUGAUCAACUUCUACAUGAACCUGCUGGUGGAACGCAGUAAGGAUCCCAGCCUGCCGACGGUCCACACCUUCAACACCUUCUUCUUCCCAAAGCUACGCAGCGCAGGCUACUCUGCCGUACGCCGCUGGACCAAAAAGAUGGACAUCUUCUCAAUGGACGUCAUACUGGUGCCUGUCCACCUGGGGGUGCACUGGUGCCUCUCUGUAGUGGAUCUCCGUAACAAGAGUAUCACGUACUUUGAUUCAAUGGGAGGGAACAAUGACGAAGCCUGCAGGAUACUGCUGCAAUACCUGCAGCAGGAAAGCAAGGACAAGAAGGGCAAAGACCUGGAUACUGCAGAAUGGACUCUGCAGAGCAAGAAACGCAAUGAGAUUCCUCAGCAGAUGAAUGGAAAUGACUGUGGAAUGUUCACAUGUAAAUAUGCAGAGUAUGUCACCAAAGACAAGCCAAUCACAUUCACACAAAAACACAUGCCCUACUUCAGGAGACGCAUGGUCUGGGAGAUAUUGAAUCGGAAACUGUUGUGAUGAAAUCGUGGAGAGAUUUUUGAACUGAUUGCUAAAGGGGAGGUGUCUGCAAUGAUGAUGGAGCCCAAGACGCUGUGGCUGUUAAACUGGAGGAGGAUUCAGCUGGUCUGCUCCUGGAUGGGAAAGAGACUCAGAACAGGGACCUAUGACCUUAUCAGGUGGAGCUCUGAGGUCCCCACACACAAGUCCAUUCCAGUGGAGGAGCUGACUCUAUCUCUAAGGGUUUGCUAAUUUGGUCUUGAGCUUGAAAGGAGGAAUGGAAUAGAAAAGCAAAGCACUACCUCAUCUCAGUGUUUUAUGUUGUGGUCCACUGUCACAAGUUGGGAGGUCUCGGUCCACUGUCACACGUUGGGAGGUCUCGGUCCACUGUCACACGUUGGGAGGUCUCGGUCCACUGUCACAAGUUGGGAGGUCUCGGUGCAUCACCCAGCAGAGUUUGAAUUCUCAUCAGAACUUCUGUCUAGUGAAGUUGGACCAACCAGUAUUUUGUCACUGAUAUUUUUGUAAACUACUUAAGUACAGCUCAAAGAAAGUUUGUUGUGAUCUGACGCUGACACCUUAUUUUUCUAUAGUCUAUGGUUAAGACCCAUACCUGGUUCAAUCAGAACACUAUGGUUAAGACCCAUACCUGGUUCAAUCAGAACACUAUGGUUAAGACCCAUACCUGGUUCAAUCAGAACACUAUGGUUAAGACCCAUACCUAGUUCAAUCAGAACACUAUGGUUAAGACCCAUACCUGGUUCAAUCAGAACACUAUGGUUAAGACCCAUACCUGGUUCAAUCAGAACACUAUGGUUAAGACCCAUACCUGGUUCAAUCAGAACACUAUGGUUAAGACCCAUACCUGGUUCAAUCAGAACACUAUGGUUAAGACCCAUACCUAAUUCAAUCAGAGAACAGAUGCGGUGACAUUCAUUGAUUUAUAUCUGGACACCCACAUUUGAUUUUAGCUAAAUUGAAAAUAUGCAACUGAUUACGGUACGUGUACCAUUACCUCAGAGUAUCAUUUGUAAAGGGGUUGCUAUUGUAUUGUACUUUUUUAGUUUACCUUUAUUUAACUAGACAAGUUAAGAACACAUUUUUAUUUACAAUGACGGACGAUGCUGGGCCAAAUUGUGCGCCGCCCUAUGGGACUCCUAUCACAGCCGGAUGUGAUACAGCCUGGAUUUGAACCAGGGUGUCUAGUGACGACGCAAGCACUGAGAUGUCGUGCAUUGUGCCACUCGGGAGCCCCAUACUUGAGGUGACACUAAUAUCUUCAUUGGUAAUUGGACCCCAAAACAGAUAAGCUGCAGUGAUGCUUCCUUGAUCAAGAGACCUAUAGUUCCAAGACUUAAACUGUAACUUGAAGUUUAGUCUAUUUUGUUGAAAUAAGCAAAGCCAAAAAAACAUUUUAGGGCUUUUGUCAGGAUAUUUUCAACAUUGUACAUACAAUGUCUUGGAUAAUGUAUUUAAUAUACAUUUUGUACCUUUUUUCUUAUAUUUUGUAUCUCGAGCAAUCUUUUUUUGAAAUAAAUCAAGUUGUGUAUA